AUGGAUGUUGCCGUUUUGCGAGGUCGUGUCGCUUCGACACUUGAUCCGGACACUGAUACUCGUCGGCGCGCUGAACUGGAUCUGAAAGCUGCAGAAGAACAUCCAGGUUUUACCGAUGCUCUUCUUGAUAUAUUACAAGCAGAACAUGAUCCUGCAGUUCGGUUAUCAACGGUUGUCUACCUAAAAAAUCGCGUUACGAGAGCAUGGCUACCGAGCGAGACCCAGCUCAAGCCGAUGGCCGACGAUGAGAAAGCUAGAUUUCGAGACCGACUCCUACCUUUCAUUGCUUCCUCCCCACCACAAAUUCGUCAACAACUCGUACCUGUCCUUCAAAAGAUUCUACAUUACGAUUUCCCAGACAAAUGGCCUUCCUUUAUAAAUAUGACCGUUCAAUUAUUGAACACGAACGAUGCCGCAUCAAUAUUCGCAGGUUUACAAUGUCUCCUCGCCAUAUGCCGUGUUUUCCGUUUCAAAUCGGGGGAGAAUCGCGCAGACUUCGACGCAAUUGUGGAGGCAACAUUUCCAAGACUUUUGAUAAUCGGACAGGGUUUGGUCAACGAGAUGAGCGAAGAAGCGGGAGAAAUGCUCCAUAUUGUUCUCAAGGCAUACAAACACGCAACAUUUUUUGAUUUAUCUGCCUCUUUGCGCGAACAUACGGUAGUGGUCGGUUGGUGCACUCUAUUCCUUCAAACGGUCGCCAAAGAUGUCCCACAAUCUGCCUUGGCUGAGGACGAAGCUGAACGAGAGGCAAAUCAUUGGUGGAAGGCCAAGAAAUGGACAUACUUCAAUUUGAACAGACUAUAUGUUCGUUAUGGAAACCCCUCGUCUUUGUCGAAAGGCAAUGGAGAUGAUUAUGCCGUGUUCGCAAAAAGCUUCACGGCAAAUUUCGCACCUGAGAUUCUGAAAGGUUACCUUCAGCAGAUUGAGAAAUGGGUCGCGAAGACGACGUGGCUCAGCAGACCUUGUCUUUCGUAUACUUUGAUAUUCCUCGACGAGUGUGUUCGACCAAAGCAAAUGUGGACUCACUUGAAACCACAUCUCGACAGCCUUGUCACACAUUUCCUCUUCCCUGUGAUGUGUCUCUCGCCCGACGAUGUUGAAAAAUUCGAAACCGACCCGGAAGAAUAUUUACACCACAAGUUGAAUUUCUACGAGGAAGUCUCAGCACCAGACAACGCCGCGACCAACUUUCUGAUUACACUCACCAAAGUUCGCAGAAAGCACACAUUCACAAUUCUUACAUUUGUGAAUUCGAUUGUGAACGAGUACGAGGCUGCAGAAGAGGGAAAGAAGAACCAUAUUGCAAAGGAGGGAGCUUUGCGAAUGAUUGGGACUUUGUCCAGUGUCAUUCUAGGCAAGAAAAGUCCGAUCGCUGAACAAGUGGAAUAUUUCUUGGUCCGAUAUGUCUUCCCAGACUUCCGAAGCACACAAGGAUUCCUGCGAGCCAGAGCUUGCGACACCGUCGAGAAGUUCGAACAACUCGAUUUCAAGGAACCUCAGAAUCUUCUUGUUAUAUACCAAAAUAUUCUAGAGUGUAUGGCCGAUCCCGAUCUUCCGGUUCGUGUUGAAGCAGCACUCGCAUUGCAACCUUUGAUUAGACACGAUAUCAUCCGCACGAGCAUGCAAGCAAACAUCCCACAAAUCAUGCAACAGCUGUUGAAACUGGCUAACGAGGUCGAUGUGGACGCAUUAUCCAAUGUUAUGGAAGACUUUGUUGAAGUGUUUGCCGCAGAGUUGACUCCUUUUGCAGUAGCCUUAAGCGAGCAAUUGCGCGAUACCUAUCUACGAAUUGUUAGAGAACUUUUGGAGAAGAACGAAAAGAGGGAUGACGAUGAGUAUGGAGACUAUUUGGAUGACAAGAGUAUUACUGCACUCGGAGUCUUACAAACAAUCGGAACUUUGAUUUUGACCUUAGAAAGCACUCCUGAUGUUCUUUUGCACAUGGAAUCCAUUUUGAUGCCGGUCAUUAAGGUCACGUUGGAGAAUAAACUCUAUGAUCUUUACAAUGAAGUAUUCGAGAUUAUCGACAGCUGUACAUUUGCUGCCAAAUCCAUCUCGCCAACCAUGUGGCAAGCAUUUGAGCUUAUUCACGCAACCUUCAAGGCUGGCGCUGAACUCUAUCUUGAAGAUAUGCUUCCAGCUUUGGACAAUUUUGUACAAUACGGCAGUGUUCAUCUUGUACAAACGCCACAAUACCUGGACGCCAUCUUUGGUAUGGUUGCAGAUAUGUUUGCGGAUGAGAAGGUCGGAGGUGUCGAUAAAAUUUGCGCAUGCAAGUUGGCCGAGGGUAUGAUGCUGAGUCUGAGAGGUCAUAUCGAUCAAUGCGUCUUGCAAUUUGUUGAUAUGGCUAUGCGAACUCUUAUAAAUACUGAUGUCAAGGUCAAGUCGUACAAAAUCCAUCUCAUGGAAAUGGUCAUUAACGCAAUCUAUUACAACCCAGCUUUGACUUUACACAUCCUCGAGCAAAAGCAAUGGACCAACAAAUUCUUCAGCUUGUGGUUCGCAAGCAUCGAUAGUUUUACUAGAGUACAUGACAAGAAGCUCUCAAUUGCCGCUAUAGUUGCUUUACUCACACUCAACGCCGACCAAGUCCCAAUCAGCGUUCAACAAGGCUGGCCAAGAUUAUUACAGGGCAUUGUCAGAUUAUUUCAGACUCUUCCUACCGCCACAAUGAAUCGUGAAGACGCAUUGAAGGACGAUUUCCCGGUUGACGGUGAAUCUUAUGACGAUGAGGAGGAUGACGAGUGGGCUGGUGAUGAUAAUGCCUGGGGAGAGGAAGGUGAUGAGGCAGACGAAGAAUCGGAAAUCAAAGACGAGAGUAGCGCCUAUCUCGAAUUCUUAAACGAAGAAGCUUCAAAGUUCAGCAAUAUCGAUGACCAUGACUCAGACGAUGAGCUCGGUGAAGAGAGUCUUCUCGAAACCCCUCUCGACAAGGUGGAGCCAUACCAGCUAUUCAAAAAUGCCCUGAUAAAACUCCAACAGGAACAACCACAACUUUAUGAAUCGCUCACUACAAAUCUCAACCCAUCUGAGCAAGAAAUCGUUCAGGGGGUUAUACACCAAGCAGAUGCCAACGCAGCAGCAGAAAUUGCAUUGGCUCAGGCAGAGGCACAACUUGUAGCUGUGAUCAAUGGAGGAGCUUGA